AUGGAAAAAUUGGUCUUUAUCAUGCCAGUUUUGGCUUACUUAGUGCUCGCUAGUGAUAUCAUGGAUGAAGGAAGUAGUCUUGAAUUUGAGUUGGAAGAUUUCGAUAUCGAAAAACGCUGCGAUUACGCUAUCAAGCAGAAUUAUGGCAAAAUUAAAAGUCCUAAUUAUCCGUUCUUUAAUCCCAGUAAUAGUUCUUGCAAAUAUGUCAUAACGACGAGGGAAGGAAAAGUCGUUGCAUGGCGCUGGAGCGAUUUCGAUUUACCACCAAAGGUUUUCGGCCAUUGUCGAGAAUCAGUAACAGCUUAUGACGGUCAAGUUCUUGGCAUUAAUCAAUAUUUAUUCACACCUAUCUGUGGAAGAUAUUCCCUCAAUUCGUUCGAUUUUACCUCCAGUGGUAAUCAACUGAGCAUUGUGUUACAUGCAAAAACGAAUCAGCCAGAUAUUGAGGUUUACCGGGGAUUUUCUGCAUAUUUUUAUUCAAAACCUUACCGAUGUAAUAAUAUGGUUUAUAGGACUGCUUCGGGUGCUAUCGUUAGUCCUCAUUUCCCAUUAGCAUAUCCACCCAAUCAGGACUGUAUUUACAAGAUCCAAGUUGCACCUGGCAUGAUAUUUUCCCUCAACUUUGCUGAAUUUGCUUUGGGAAGACCUGCGAAACGUAAUAAUGUAAGUUCGGUGGAAAACUGCGACGAUUAUGUUGAGGUCUAUGAAGGAUUAAUGGAUCCAAGGCAUCGUUACUUUAGACACUGUGGACUUUAUAAACCACCACAGAUUUUAUCCGGUGGCAAUAUCGCUUAUAUCAAGUUUCACUCUAGCAAGUCGGCGUUAUCCUUAUAUACUGGCUUUAGAGCAUUUUAUUCUGCAGCAUAUCCUGAUAAAUGUGGAUUACACUACGGGACUGCAUCGGGAGCAAUGUCUAUCCCUGUAAUACCGCAAACCGAUAACGUGGAUAUAGAAUGUCAGUUCGUUGUUAAAAGUCGAGAAGUUGCCUAUUAUAAAAUUCGCUGGCUAAGCUUUGGUAUUGAUAUAUUCAAGCAUGGAUGCGACAAAAAUAAUUACAUCGAAAUUUAUGACGGAUUUUACAACAGAAAAGAUAAAUUACUAACCAAGAAAUGUGACAGAAAGUUAGAGGAAAUAAAUACACAAUACAAUGAAAUGUUGAUACGAUUCAAGAUAGAAAAGUUUAAUCCUACUAGAAACUUUAAAUUUCUCUAUAUUGGAGUGACCGAUAAUACUGUUAAAGUAAUUACGGAUAAAAAUCAAACUUGUACGACCAAGACGACAAUUGUAUAUCGAUACUCUGGACCAGAAAUUAUCAGUAGGGAAGUAACAUGCAAGCCUUUUACAAUUGCUGGAUUACCAGUUUGGGCAUCGAUUCUUAUUGUUAUUGGUUCGAGUAUAGCAGGAAUAGCACUCUUAGUUGGUGGUUAUUGCGUGAUUCGUAGGAGAUCGAGAUCGAAUGAAAGCUACGGAAGGCUUUCAAGAAGCAGUAGCGAUGGGUCCAUUUAA